AUGUAUCGGCAACUCGUUGGCAGUCUCAUCUAUCUAACAGUGACUCGUCCAGACAUUGCAUAUGCUGUUCACAUUGUUAGCCAAUUUAUGGCUGCUCCUCGAACCACCCACUUUACUGCCGUACUACGUAUCCUUUGUUAUGUCAAGGGAACUUUGGGACAUGGACUUCAGUUUUCUUCUCAAUCCUCUCUUGUAUUAUCUGGCUAUUCUAAUGCAGAUUGGGCUGGGGAUCCCACUGAUCGGCGUUCUACAACCGGUUACUGCUUCUACUUAGGCGAUUCUCUCCUUUCUUGGCGUAGUAAGAAACAAAGUGUUGUCUCUCGUUCUAGUACUGAAUCAGAAUAUCGUGCUCUUGCUGAUGCUACCGUUGAACUUCUAUGGCUUCGUUGGCUUCUUGUUGAUAUGGGUGUUCCUCAGCAGGGUCCCACUCUCCUUCAUUGUGACAAUCGCAGUGCCAUCCAAAUUGCCCACAAUGACGUUUUCCAUGAGCGUACAAAGCACAUAGAAAAUGAUUGUCACUUCAUCCAUCAUCAUCUCUUGAGCCACACACUUCUUUUGCAAUUUGUCUCCACCACUGAGCAACCAGCCGAUAUCUUCACCAAAGCCUUAUCAUCUACUCGCUUCAAUCAGAUACGUACCAAACUCAAGUUGACAGCUACUCUACCACCUUGA